AUGGACUGCUCCGCCCGGCACGCGCUGAGGGAGACCCAGGAGCCGGUGCGUACAGCCUCACAAAAUAUGGACAGUGCCACUCUCGCUUCACCAGGACCCCGAAAUGACAACAAAGAAAACGUCCACGACUGGGGUGAACUGUUGUGGGAGAGAUUCCUGCAGAGGAGGUCAUAUACCAAUGUGACACUACCUGCUGUGAUGACAUCAGACUCGUCGGGGAUCCUGGUGGCGGUGCUGCUGGUGUGGGAGCUGCCGACGGAGGAGGUGUGCGCGCGCCAGCUGUGGCACUACCUGCUGGGCUACGUGGCGCUGCUGGCCGGCUGCCUGCUGCUCGAGGCGCUCAUCUCGGCCGUCGCCAUGCGCGGCUCCAUCCUCGACACCGAGGCGCGCGCCUCCAUGCAGUACCUGCUCUACGUCAGGCUCGGAAUCAUGUGCCUGGAGCUGAUCUGGCUGGUGGCCGGGGUCGUUUGGCUGGCCUACCACUACCGGCAGUGCCCCGCCCACUCUGCCAAGGAGGUCGCCCUAGGUCUGGUGAUCUGCAACUGGUGCGUCCUCCUCAGCAUCCUGAUGACCGUGUGGUGCACGUUCGAUGCGGCGGGCCGCUCCUGGGUCAAGAUGAAGGAGUACCAGCGCAGUACCAGGGACGCAGACUCCAGGAGGCCCUACCGCCGCUCCACCAGCACCAGCCGCAACUGGAGGCAGAGGAAGGUGAUCCGGGCGUACCAAGACAGCUGGAAUCACCGGUGUAGACUGCUCUUCUGCUGCAUGGGGAACAGCGACAGGAACCGGAACUCGUUCGCGGACAUCGCGCGUCUGCUGUCCGAGUUCUUCCGCGACCUGGACGUCGUGCCUUCCGACGUGGUGGCCGGCCUGGUGCUGCUCAGGAAGUUCCAGAAGAUCGAGCGCGAAGCCGUCGUCAAGGAGCGCAGGAACGACACGUACGAGUUCCUGUCCGGGGUGCCGGUGACGCCGGCCACGCAGUUCGUCGCGCUGACCGAGGCGGCCGACCUGGGCCGCUUCCAGGACGCCGUCCACUACAUGCACUUCGCGCUCGCCGCCUACGGCUGGCCCAUGUUCCUCGUCACCUACAGCGCCACCGGCGUCUGCCAGCUCUGCGCCUCCAUCAGGUGUUCGUGCCUGUGGUGCGCGCCGCCCAAGGACCCGGCGGUCAUCGUCGAGGACAACUGCUGCCGCUGCAACUACGCGGCGCUGCGGCGCAUGGUGGACGUGGGCGACGUCGCCGUCGUGUACGCCACCUACCACGUCGACGUCGGCGAGACGCCCUUCUUCGUCGCCGUCGACUACACCAAGCGCAAGGUCGUCAUCAGCAUACGAGGCACCCUGUCGCUCCAGGACGUGAUCACGGACCUGAACGCUGAGGGUGAGCCGCUGCCGCUGGACCCAGUUCGCGAAGACUGGCUGGGUCACAAGGGCAUGGUGCAGGCGGCCGAGUACAUCCGGCAGAAGCUGCGCGAGGAGUGCAUCCUGGAGGCUGCGUUCGGGCACGACCCGGAGCGCGGGUCCGCCGGCUUCGAGCUGGUGCUGGUGGGCCACAGCCUGGGCGCCGGCACCGCCGCCAUCCUGGCCAUCCUGCUGCGCCAGCACCACCCCACGCUCACCUGCUUCGCCUACUCGCCGCCCGGUGGCACCCUCAGCAUGCCCGCCGCGGAGCACAGCAAGCAGUUCAUCACGUCCGUGGUGGUGGGCAAGGAUGUGGUGCCGCGCAUCGGUCUCCACCAGCUGGAGUCGCUACGCGCCGACCUCAUCAACACCAUCAAGCGCAGCAAGGACCCCAAGUGGAAGACCAUCUUCUGCAGCGCGGUGUGCUGCGGCUGCGCGCCGAUGCCGACGUCGGCGGCGGAGCUGCAGGGGGACUCCAGCCUGUGCGAGUACCGGCGCGAGCGGCAGGCGGCGCGGGCGGCGGGGGCGGCCGCCGUCCACCCCUCCGACCCCAGCAUCGCGCUCACCGUGCACCAGCCGCUCUACCCGCCGGGCCGCAUCAUACACGUGGUGCGGCACCACCCCUCCAAGGGAGAGCAGGUGCUGAACAAGCACGAGCCUGUCUACCAGGCCGUGUGGGCGAACACGACUGACUUUGAUGAGGUCCUCAUCUCACCAGUCAUGAUACAGGACCACAUGCCUGAUAACGUGCUUGAUGCUCUCAAUAAGGUUAUAACGACGGUGGGGCCGGCCAAGCCGCGGCGGGCGUCGGCGUGCGCGUCGUCGACGCCGGCCGAGCACCUGCAGCCGCUGCUGGCCGCCGCCCCCGCCGCCUCCGCCCCCGCCACCGCCGCCGCCCCCGCGACCUCGCCCGGCUCGCCCAAGGCGUCGACGCCGCCGCACCGGCUGUGCCUCGAGACGAGCUUCACGUCGCUGCAGAGCCCCGGCUCGGAGCCGCAGCAGCUGCAGCUGCAGCAGCUGCAGCUGCAGGCCGCACCGGACGCCGCGUCGCUGCCCUGCGGCCGGCAGAGCGCCGCCACCGCGGGGCCGCUCGCCUGGGAGUUCCCCGCGCUGCUGCUGCACGACGACCAGGUGACGAUCCCGGCGCAGGACGGCCUGCACGACGAGUGGUUCGGGCUGGCGCCGCUGGCCACCCCCGAGUCGCUGUCCGAGGUGUCGAGCAUCAGCUCGCGCGCCAGCUGGCUGCUCGCUGACGGGCCCCCGCCGCCCCCGCCGCCCCCCUUCGCGUCGGCGCGCCAGACGACGGCGACGGCCACCUCGAGCGACGACUGGGAGCGCACCAGCGGCCGGCGCACCUCCAGCGAGGCCUUCCUCAGCGUGCGCGGCACGCCCUCCUCCUCCGACGACUCGGUGACGGCCACUGUGGAGGUGCACCGGCCCCGCGAAUGCGCCCAGGGUGUGGCGUGCUCCGACUCGCCGGCCGCCGUGUCCCUGCCGACGCCCGCCAGGUGUUUGCAGCCUUCGCCGCUGCCACCAGCCGGCGCCACCGUCGCCAGGAUCGCCUCCGCCGCUGACGUCACGGCGCCCAACUCUGUCAAACAGGUGAAAUUUACCCACAAGCACAGAGGGAGCACCGUGACUGCCAGCGCUGUGAGGCAGGCUGUCAACUGCGACCGGGCGGCGCGGGACGACCGGCUCGCUGGCAGUAGCGCCACGGAUUUCUCACGGCCAGAGACACUCGACAAUGACCCCUGCCGCUCGGAGAGCAAUAACAAUGAUGACAGUGGGAAGGUGGUAGGCAGCCGCCACUCGCAGCAGAACUCGGCAAGGUCGACACCGGCAGUGGUGCGGUCGCGGCGUGACUGCCGGUCCGACCGCCAGGCUCUCGAGUCGCUGCCAUUGCUGUCCGGCAUCGCCGCCGGACCGGACGGGGUUCCCCCCUACCCGCGCAAGAAGUACACGUACCCCAUUACCGCCGUCGGCAAGGGUGAGAGCAGCGUCUGAGGCCUCCUGCCGACACUGCACAUUGAGUGUUUACGCUUUCUCCUUCGACCUCGUGAACUGAACUGGAAUGCUUGUCGAGCAGUGUUUCUCACUUCGUCAUUACAAAAGUAAUUGGAGAUAAGAUGAAACGAUGUCAUUUAUCUCUUGAGACUGAGUAAUUCUGAUCUUAAUAUAGAUGAUAACUAAAAUCUUUAAAAUACAGAGUGCUGCUUUAUGUCAAAAUAAGUGCAGUGAGGUGCUUUGUGACAUUCUCGUUGACAUGUGAAUUGUAUCAGUAUUUUUACCCUGUUCUGUUAUUAGCAGUCUUCGUGUAUUUCUCUGCUUGUGAUGUCAAGCAGUGUGUGAUUGUUCCCCUCAGAGA